AUGAGUGGGAGUUAUGGUUGUGUGAGGGCUGGUGAGAAUGUAGCCAGGCCCAGGGUUGAGGUCGCACGCGUCUUUGGGUUAGCCGGCGUGUUGACAGACCCCGUACGUGGCCGGGUGCGUCCCGACCCGGCGUGUAGACAGACCCCAUACGAGGCCGGGCGCGUCCCGUCGUAUGAGGGGAGCUAUGAGCCAGGAUUGAUAGGAAAGAGCUACGUGUGGCUUGAUCCCUUAGUAGGGUACGUAGGCAGCCUGGGAUAG